AUGAAUUAAUCAGUUUAACAUGAGAGGGUUAUUAAAUAAAAACCUAGUUUAAAAAUAUAAACAAAGGAUAUUAAGACAAGUAAUCAAUUAAUAGAAGAAAUUAACAAUUUGAAAUUAAUAUAUCAGGAUAAAAUCAUAGGAAUUCCACCAGAGAGUGGAUAUGUAAAAGCCAUUUAAAUUACUAUUUAUCCAGAAGAAAUUCUGGAUGAAAAUGAAGCUUAAGCUAUGGCAGUGUUGGGAUUACAUUUUCCAUAAUCAUAUCCUGAUCAUGUUCCAAAAAUUGAUUUUAUAUAAUUAGAGGGUUUUAAUGAUAUUUAAAAGGAAGAAUUAUUUUCAGAUUUAUUUGAAACAGGAUUGAAUUAAGCAGGACAAUAAAUAAUAUUUUCAAUAGUUGUUUAGGUUAUAUUGAUGGAUUAAUUUUGUAGUGCCAAAAAUAGGUGACUUCAAAACACUAAUACAACUAUAAUGAAAAGAUUAAUACAAGAAAUUUGUAUGACAUCUUUAUGUAAGAGGAGAAGAAGAGAGAAAAAUAAAAGAAAUUACUUACUAAGUCAAGUUAAAUUAUGGAAGAGAAGGAGAAUACAAAAUAUACAUCCAUAUAAGAAGAAUUUUAAUUAAGAUAAGAAUGGUUGGAUUAAUAAAUUAAUGCACCAGAACCUGAACCAUCAGAACCAUAUUUAUAGAAGAGUCCAAAAGUUUAUGCUUGGUAAUAAUUAUCAGGAAUGGAAUUAUUAUUGAUUCAUUUAAUUAAGGUUAAUUAUUUAAUAAUAUUUUAGAUAAUUUAGAAGAAUUUUCAUUACUAAAAUUAUAAAUAAUUGGUAAGUUUAUUGCAUUUUUUUUAAAUUACCACAAACAAAGAAUUAUUAAAAUUAUUAUCCCCAAAGUAUGAAGUUAUAUUUAAUAAUCUAUAUCUUAAUAAAUUUGAUUGCAUAGCUAAAAAUGUAUGAACUGAUUUAUAUUAGGAAUAAGAAAAAAUAGACUUUAAAAUGGCUGAAAUCUUUUAGAUGCACAAAACUUAAGAUAAAAAUCUAACUGAUAGAACUAAUUUAAUUAAUAUAUUAUUUACUCCAUAUAGUAAAUCAUCUUCUAAAUUAUCUAAUUUCAGCAACAAUGCCAAAGUAUUAGAAGAAUAAUAAUAAUAAUUAUCUCUAUCUCCAAAUUAGAAAUUAACUUUAAUUAAAGAACCUUCUUUUAAUAGAAUGGAAGCUGAUUUUGAUAUUGUGACAACAUUAGGAAAGGGAUCUUUGUAAAAAUAUCUAAUUAAAUUAAAGUGGAGAAGUAUUUAAAGUCAAAAAUAAGAUUGAUGGUAGAUUCUAUGCAGUUAAAAAGAUUAAAAUUCCAUAUGGAUAGGGUUUGGCAAGAAUAAUGAGAGAAGUAGACUUAUUAAGUCAUUUACAUCAUAGAUAUGUUAUACGAUAUUAUUAAGCAUGGAUUGAUGAAUGUGAAAAGACAUAAGAAGACUUUGAAAUCAAUGAAGAGUAAAAUUAAUUCAUUUAUUUAGUGAUUCUGAAAUAUAAUUAGUUAGUGGAUUUACUUAAUAAUCAGAUAGUUAAUUUAAUUUUAAUGCUUCUAGUUUAGGUAGUGGUAUAUGUUAAAAUAAUAAUAAUCCAAUAAAAAAUGAAAAAAAGAUUCUUGUUUUAUAUAUUCAAACUGAAUAUUGUACAAGAACUUUAAGAAAGUAAAUUGAAGAAGUAUAUCCAAAAUCUGAAUAAUCAUUUAUUUGGAAUUAAUUUAGAUAAAUUCUUGAAGGAAUGGUGUAUACUCAUUAAUAAAAGAUUGUUCAUAGAGAUUUAAAACCAGAAAAUAUAUUUAUUGAUACAACAGAAGAUAUUAAAAUUGGAGACUUUGGAUUAGCUAAACAUACAUCUAAAAAUUCUCAUUCUAUUGUUUAUAGUAAUUCAGUUGAAAAUACUAAUGAAAUUCCAGAAAUAUUAAGUUUUAUAACUUAACAACCUUUGUUAAAAAAGGAAGAUUUAGAAUUACUUGAUAAAACACUUAAUGUAGGAACCUAUUUUUAUUGUCCACCUAAUAAUGAAUAAGAAUUUGAUGAAAAAAGAGAUGUUUUUGCAUUAGGUGUGAUUUUAUUAGAAAUGUGGCAUCCAUUUUAAAAUCAUAAAGAAAGAGUUAAAACUUUAUCUUAAUUAAAAUUAAAUGGGAAAUUACCAAAAUCUUUUUAAGUUUCUCAUCCUAGAUAAUCUGCAUUAAUAAAGUGGAUGAUUAAUCCAGAUCCAAAGAAAAGACCAACAAUAUAAGAAAUUCUUCAUAGUGAAUUAAUUCCACCUAAAAUGGAAGAUGAAUUAUUAAAGGAAGCUAUAAAAAUCUUAGGAACUUAAGACAAUGAAAGUAUAUACUAUUAGAAAUUAAUUGAGACAUUAUUCAAUAAUAAGAGAUUAAACUAUUUGGAUAGAGAUAGACUUUAUUUGUAACAUAGUAUUAACUAAAAAUUUUAUGUAAAAUAAUACUAUAUGCCUAAAAUACUUUAAUUUAUGUAUUAAUAAUGUAUAGUGUAAAUUUAAACACCUUAUAUUAUUAAUAAACCUAAAGAUAUUGAUAAGAAUGGUACAUUCCUAUAUAGUUAACAUCAAUAACCUAUUUAAAUGAUGAAUUAAAAUGGUGAAAUUGUGUUUUUUAGACAUUAAUUAAGAAAUUCUUUUGUAAAAUAACUUUAAUUAUUGAAUAAUAAAUUAUAAUAGGGUAAAUCAAUACAAUGUUUUGAGAUUGGAGAAACUAUGAUAUCUGAAUUAGAUUAGAUUAAAGUUUAAAAUCAAUUAAAUUAUGAUUAAAUUUAAUUUAAUGAUGAUGAUGGAUUGGUAUCUACUAUAAUUUUAUCAAUAUAAUUAAUGGAUUAAUUAAAUUUAGAAAUACCAAAACUUAAAUUAACUAAUUAAGAAUUUAUAAUGGAUUUAUUAUUUGCAUUUAAUGUUUAUGAUUUUGAAUAUUAAAAGCAAAUAUGUUAAUAUAUGUCAAAAGUAGCUUCUUAUAAUUAAUUUAAUGCAAGUAAAUUGAGAUACUUUAUAUUAAAUGAUUCAGAAAAUUCUGUUGCUAAAUUGAUUCUAGAGAAAUAUAUAGAUAAAUUAGAUAAAUUUAUACUAUUAUUUUAAUAUAAAUGUAAAAUCUAAGAUAUAAAUCUUGUUGAAGUUUUAUAAUUAUAACAUAAUGAGGAUUUAAAAUGGAAAUAAAAUAAAAUAAUUGAAUUUGGAAAAAAGAUAAACUAAUAAUUACAUUGUUAUCGUAAGAUUAGAGAAUAAAUGAAUCCUUAACAUUAUAAUUAUGAAAUACCAAUAUUAUUUGAUUGUUCAAUCAAUAAUAAAAAAUAUGGUUUCAGUCAUGGAUUUCAAUAUGAAUUAAGUUGUUUAAAAUUGAAAUCAAAAGGAGAAUUUGUUUAGCUUCCAAUAUUAUAUGGAGGAUCAUAUGAAAAGAGUUGUAAAAAAUUAUAGACAUUGUGUUCAAUCAUAAUGGAUGUACCUUCAUAAAAAAUAGAAAUAAAUUUAAAUCAUUUCGGAGGAGGCUCUGCAUAAUUAUCUAGAUCUAAUUCUAUUAUAAGGUACAUUUAAUAAAUAACUUAUAUAAUAGUCAAAAAGAAUUGCCAUUAUCUAAAGUUUAGAGUAAUAUAUUGAAAGAAGGAGCAAGAUUAUCUUAGGUUUGUAAUAAAAAAGUAGAAAUCAAUGGAUUUACACUUGAAUUAGAUGUUUUAGAAGAAAUAUUUUCAGUUUAUCAAGAAUAAGCAAAUUCAUUAUUAUUUAAGUAUUCUGUUUUGAUUUGCUCAGUAAUAAUAAUAAAAUAUAAUAGGUUGGUGGUAAUCUUUAGGAAGCUAAAAGAUUGUAUUUACAAGCUUGUCAUUAUUUGGAUAUAUCAGCCAUGAUUUACAAUGAUGAUGAGACUUGUUAAUUAGAAGAAUGUGUAUUAUAUUAGAUUGAAUUUAGAUUAAUUUUGCUGAUCGUUAAGAUAUUAAAUUUAUUGUAUUUAUCAGAGAUAAGUUAUAUCAAUAAAAAUAGAAAGUUAUUGUUAGAUACAAGAAAGAUAAGAAUAAUAAAGUAGACAAGGAAGUUUCAUUUGAUGAGUUUAUUUAAUUCAUGGUAAAACAUAAAUGA